GGGCUUUAGAAGUUCAAACAGAGCCACGUGAAGACCGAAUGAGGGGGAAAUGUUAUCUUGCCCUCGCUGCUUACAGUCCUGCAGUCUCAGUCCCACCUGAGAAGCUCAGUGGGAGGUAACCCCGCACGAUGCCUCCCUAGUGCGAUCAUCCUUCCAGCGCCCGUCCGUCCGUUACGCGCCGCCUUUUGGAUGCGUACGUGCCGCGCGCAUUGAGUUACCGUGAAGCGCGCCGAUGGAUACAGCCGGCGGAGUCCGUGAGCACAUUUGAAGCAGUUUAAAACAGACUGCAGAUGAGGUGGGGAAAAUAAGAAGGGGCGUGGCCGAGCGGCACUGUGUGGAUGAUAACCCGCUAGUCGUUUCUUAUCGCCGCGUGUGUCGCAACAACGACAACAACAACAACAACGCGAGGCUCGAAUUGAUGAAAUGCAAAGACAGAUGGAAGAAGCGCGCAGACGUGACCGCUGCCUUCGCUGAGCUGCCGCUCGCGUCCAAGUCUCGCAGCGGAAAACCAAGGCAUGUGAGAAUUGAGUCAUCGGUGCGCAACGAAGGCUCCGCACAUGGAGCCGUUUUUGAUGGGAGUUUAAAAAGGCUUGUUGAGGAUACCCGCUGGAUGUUUUCCGAUGUUGCACGCCAGAUUUACUCGUUCCUCUUCGCGGAAACGGAGAACGGAAGCAAGCUGAAGAGAAGAGAUAAAUAUUGUGUAUCCUCGAACUUUAUCCAGUUACCGACGCAUUGGAACCUAUUCACUGGCACCGCCGCGGGGCUUUAACCAGGCAGGGGAAUAGAAAUAUAGCAUCUCGAAUACCGCACCGGGUUGUGAGGUGAAAUCUAAUCAGACUCAGCAGGGUUGAUGACUAAGAAGCUAUAGGCACUUGCAGAAAAGUUACGUUUGAAAACGAGGUCAAAAAACGAGAUUUUUCAGGAUGGAUCUACCUGGAAAUGACCAUAAGAGAUUAUCCGUGCUAAACAUGUUUGGGAGAGGUUACUUUUUAAACCUUUUAAUUUAGAUCUCAGAGGAAAUAACAAUAUUAAUGCGGCUAUCUCAUCCCCAACUCAUCCUUUGGAGCAAAUAAGCCUGCGAUCACAUCGGAGGGAGGGGGUAGUUUCAACAAUGGCACUUGUGGGUGUCUCCGUGUUGUGUGCCAACUGAAAAAAAAGAAGGAAAUAUCGGAUGAAUUAUCCCAGCAUGUCCAUCCAGACUGAUGUGUGGAUUACCACGUCGUUUUUGAGAGAGGGGACACAAUGUGUCUGACAAGAAAACCUCAUCACGUUGCCGACCAAAUACUCUGAGAAUUGCGGAUGAUUUUUUUCGACGCAGUUUUUUGGGGGCAGGAAGCGGGAACAGGACCGAUAUACCCGCGCGAGUGAGAGGCUCUUUUGUGAACAAGGACAGAUUUACAGUGGAUUGGAAGUUAACAAAAGGAUGACCAGAUCACCUUGGAACUGUGAUUAAAUUGGCAGCCAUCCUGAGGAUCUGUUGCUUGAACUGAGGAGAAGACCGGUGCGGUUGUAUCCAAUUUACACAUAUUUCCUACAUGGGAUUUCAGUAUUUACAUACAUACUGUAUAUACUGUGCAAUGUAUGAUCGUACGAAGAAGAUUCACAAUUAGUGUACAUAUGUGAUGGACUGCUGUACUAUAAUUAGGUUUUAAAGUGAAGCCAAGAAUUUCACUGAAACACCAUUACAGUCAAUUCUGUGUUAAGUGUUUUCAUUGCUUUCUGUUAUGUUUAAAAUACUGAACAACAAAAAAAAACUAUUGUUUCUCUCCAAAAGCUACAUUUUACUGGAUUAAAUUACAUCACCUGAGCAUGACUUGAAGGCAUCAUGAGGUAACUCUACAGAAUCCCAGUACAAUAGCUGUUAGCUCUGGUGUGGCCAACAAUAGUUACUACCAGACUACCAGAAAGCCUCAACUAUCCCUCAAUUGCAUAUUUUCACAAAAUAUACACCGAUAAUGAUCAGCAGUAUACUUUUAUUUCACAUUGGGAUGGUUAAAUUGUGUAUUUAUCAUUUGGUUCACAUGCAUUAUAAUAUAUGUGUUAUGAAGUAUUAGAGACAAAUGAAUGAAUGAACGACUAAUGACAUGAGAAUGUAAAUACUGAAAGCUAAAUGCAAAUGAAAUUCAAAUAUCUUUUAAUAACCUCAUGGGACUCAUUUUUCCCAAUUUAGCUCUUCGGGAACACCAACAAUCAGUAGAAUUGGCCCAGCUAAGAGAAAAAAAAGACCUUCAUGAAUAUAUAUUUAAUUAAAAAUACAGCAGGAAAGCGGUUGAGUCACACUGAGUAACACACUGUUUUCAGCCUCAAAAUAGUAAUACAAGUGUAUCACAAGAUACACAGCAGUGCCUGGCAGUGGCUCAAGGAGAGGACGCUGAGUCCUGUUUUUACCCUCCCGAAAAUACUGGUUUAGUUAAUAAGCUUAAUAAGCGACCAAACACUGUUUUUGAAAAGAAUAAUAUCUCUAUAUGAUAACUAACUUCUUCCAAACCGUUCUUUGCAGUAGUCAAUGUCCUGCAGGUUAAUCCUGUGAUGCUGGAGCAGAGAGAGAUGGAAAAGAGCACACGGCUUGUGUGCAGCGAGGCCAAAUCGUCAUUACAAAGAGUGCAAAACCAGUCAAUGAAUUAUGAAUGUUAAACAAGAUGACCUCCUCUCAGCAGCAGCAGAUGAUGCGAGGUCCUAGGUGGAACCGGGCCUUGUCCGACCCUUUUUUUGUGCUGCUUCUGGCCCUCCAGCUGCUGGUGGUGGCAGGGCUGGUACGCGCUCAGACAUGCCCCUCUGUCUGCUCCUGUAGUAAUCAGUUCAGCAAAGUCAUCUGCACCCGGCGUGGCCUGCGAGAUGUCCCUGAUGGCAUCUCUACCAACACCCGAUAUCUGAAUCUGCAAGAAAACCUAAUUCAGGUCAUAAAGGUGGACAGCUUCAAGCACUUGAGACAUCUGGAGAUCCUACAGCUGAGCAAAAACCACAUACGCAAAAUUGAGUUGGGCGCCUUUAAUGGACUGGCCAGCCUCAAUACCUUGGAGCUUUUUGAUAACCGCCUCACCACUAUCCCCAACGGGGCCUUUGAGUACCUGUCCAAACUAAAGGAGCUUUGGCUGAGGAAUAACCCCGUAGAGAGCAUCCCCUCCUAUGCUUUCAACAGAGUGCCCUCAUUACGCCGGUUGGACCUCGGGGAGCUCAAACGUCUCUCCUACAUAUCUGAGGGUGCCUUUGAAGGGCUGAGCAAUCUACGCUACCUAAAUCUGGGAAUGUGCAAUCUGAAGGAAAUUCCCAACCUUAUUCCCCUAGUGAAGCUGGAUGAACUGGAGAUGUCAGGGAACCAGCUCACUGUUAUCCAACCUGGCUCUUUCAAGGGGCUCAUCCAUUUGCAGAAGCUAUGGAUGAUGCAUGCCCAGAUCCAGACAAUAGAAAGGAACUCUUUUGAUGACCUGCAGUCACUAGUGGAGCUCAAUCUAGCCCAUAACAACCUUACUCUUUUGCCCCACGAUCUCUUCACUCCUUUACAUCAUCUAGAGAGGGUACACUUGCACCACAACCCGUGGAAUUGUAACUGUGACAUCCUCUGGCUCAGCUGGUGGCUGAAGGAGAUGGUCCCAGCUAACACCAGCUGCUGUGCCCGUUGUAGCUCACCAACCCACCACAAAGGACGAUACAUUGGCGAGCUGGACCAGAACCACUUUCACUGUUAUGCUCCUGUUAUUGUGGAGCCUCCAGCAGAUCUAAAUGUGACGGAAGGAAGCGCUGCCGAGUUGAAAUGCAGAGCCAGCUCUUUGACGUCGGUAAGCUGGAUUACACCCAAUGGUUCCAUCAUGACACACGGAGCUUACAAGAUCAGAAUAUCUGUGCUUACCGAUGGCACCCUAAACUUUACCAAUGUUACCAUGCAAGACACCGGCACGUACACGUGUAUGGUCAGUAAUUCUGCAGGAAACACAACAGCGUCUGCCACUCUUAAUGUGUCCUCUACUGAGAACAGCAGCUUCAGCUACUUCACCACGGUGACAGUGGAGACAAUAGAAUCACCACACAAUGAAGCCUUCACCAUUGCUGUGCAGCAGAAGGUGGGCCCCACCCCUCCUGCUGGUACAUGGGAGUCUGUUUCGCCAACCUCCACAACAACCACAACAGUCCGGACUCCGCUCUACACCCGCACCACAGAGAAGACCUACACCAUCCCAGUCACAGAUCGCGAUGGUUCACUGAAUGGUUUGGAUGAGGUCAUGAAGACCACCAAGAUCAUCAUUGGCUGCUUUGUUGCAAUCACACUCAUGGCAGCAGUCAUGUUGAUCAUCUUCUACAAGAUGCGUAAACAGCACCACCAGCAGAACCACCACGCACCCACACGCACCAUUGAGAUCAUCAAUGUGGAUGAGGACUGUGUAACUGGAGGCCAGGGCAUGGAAGGGCACCUCACCCUGCCUCCUCUUGAGCAUGAGCACCUCAACCACUACAACGCCUACAAGACUGCGUACAAUCAUGCCUCCACUAUCAACUCUAUACACAGUUCAGCCCACGAACCUUUGUUAAUUCGGGCCAGCUCAAAAGACAACGUACAAGAGACCCAGAUCUAAUUUAUUUGUGUUUUUUUCUUCAAAAUCAAACUAAUUGAAUGACAUGAAGACAUUAAUGACAGGACAUAACAGACAAUUUGGUUUUGAGAACUAUGGCUAAAAAAAAUGGAGCAACAGACUUGUGCAUUUGGCAAAUUUGUGACUGGUGAUGUUUAUUCAAUGACUUUGGGAAUUAGGGUAUGUCUACUGUUUCAAAAAGUGUCUUUACAUAACAGAAGUUAUUUAUUUAAGAAAAAACUAUUGUGGUUAAAUCAAGAAAAAAGUUUAUUCUGCUUUUAUUUUUUCAGCACUGAUUUUUUUUUUCUCAUUUCAACAGAUUGGUUUACGUGUACUUUCAAACUACUGAAGAAAAUCAUUGUUCGUUCUAGACAAACUGCAGCCUUUGGAUUAGACUUAAUUUCGCCCAUCUAUCAGACAAAUCUAGAGGACAUUAGUGAUCUUCUUCAGCUGUGGAUAAAGUGAUGAAAUCUUCAUGACUGUAUGUAACUGAGAUUAGUUGGACACUUCAUUCAUGUUCAAUAUCUCACAGUGAGUGACGUAAAUGUCAGUGUCGGAAUUUGAGCAUAAUUCAUUAUUUAAUCAUAUCUGUCAGAUACACUUUAAGCACUCUCUGUUUUGCAAUCAAAAGAUUGAGGAUCGUAAAUGAGGGGAAUAUGUCCUUUGUUCCGCUGUUGUAAAAGUAGAGGCUCGGUAUUAGAAGCACAUUUAAGUUAAAUUCACUUAUAUUGAUUAACUAUGAAAAAUCUUACAUUUGGUUUUGUGUUCCUAAUGUAUAUGCAAAAUGUUAUCCCCAAUCUCCACUUGUUCUGACUGAAGUUACCAGCUUCUCUUGGAUUUAUUGCAACCAUUAUAGAGAACGUUCCAUUAAUAGACCGGUUUAGAUUCAGAGGGCCAUGAUACAGGAACGGCAUUAAUUGGUACUUUAGAAUCUGCAUAAUUGUGAAUAAAAAUGUAGGAGAGUCUUGUGAAGAAUGUAGAUGAUCUUACAUUAUGGCAAAAGUUCACUGCCUGGAAAUGUUUUCAAUGUAUCAUGACCUCACUUUUACAUAACAGGGCUUUGCAGUGUGGCAUUUAAAAGGAGGUUGCUUUUAAGGCAUCCUAUUCAUACUGGGACCCCCUUACCUCAUCUGCAACACUGCAGGACUGAGUGCUGUCAGAAGCAGACUGAUGAGCAGACGAAAGAGCUUAAACCCUUUAUACAGCUGCCUGAGCACAUUGCCUGUCAUCUGUGUGCCACACUCUUACAUGGGCAGUGCCUGGCACCUCCAGAUUCACGCCCUGCCCCUGCCAACCGCAGGACUUGGCCCCCGAGCAGCGGGGAUUAUGCCGUGAGAGGCUUUAGGAGUGUGUGGGCUCGAGCAUCGACCAGAUGUUUGGGUCGCACCUGCUUCUAUCCCCUCUCCCUUUUGAAACAAGACAAUUUCCAUUUUAAUUGAUGAUGCUCAUGGCUUUUGGAUGAACACUGCUCCACACGCAGCCGUGCCCUGGAAACCGUUUCAAAGUCCCACUCGUGAAAAUGGCAGCGGGCAACAUAAAUUCAGAGGUUAGGCAGACAUUUGUCAGAUUCAACACUUACAUAAAUGCCCCCAGGUAUAUGUUUAUGAGACAACUGCAGUUUUUGCUCCACUUGCAUAAAAAUAUAUAUGUAUGAAAGUUAGGCCACUUUCUUGCUUUAGUCAAUAAGGACAUAUAUGAAAGACAAUGGCUCUUUAAAAAAUACAGUUACAGAUAGUGGCAUGCGCUUUUUUGGGGGGCCACCAUUCACUCCUCUAAACUUGAAGCCCAAAUUUCACAAUUUAUACACUCUUUUUUUCAAAGAUCCGAUACUAGUUUCAUCUUGGGUUAAUGGUUGGAUUUUACUCAUGUUAAAUAAUCCAUAUCUCUACAGUCCAUGUGCAUGCUCAUGUUUUUCUAAACUUUAGUGUUUUACAGUUAAAACACAACUCUUUCAUGGGCUGUCCAUGUACGUGAAAGCCUGUUAUAGCACCCACCUCCUGUCCUUUAUCUGAUUAAAUUCACUCUAUUCCACAUUUGCCAACCCCUGAACAUUCUAAAAGAAAGCAGAGUAGCUGAAUAUGAGUUUUCCGGGAGUUCACUUCCCACAUUUGACCUUAAACACAAAAUAAGCUGCUUCCCAUAACUCAAUUAUUAUCAAAAAAAGUAAAAAAGAGUUAGAAAGAUAAUAGAACGAUAAUCCUGGAUUUGUUUAGUAAAUCAGUUUAAUCCACUUUGAAUUCUCUGACCUUUUUAGUCCAGACAGAAGGAUAUAAUUGAUAUCAUUAUUUUUUUGUCACCCCUUGACACAACUCAUCCCAUAAUUGCACUUCUGUAGAAUGAAAUGGGCUUCUAUUAUUUUUCUGUGUUUAAGUUCCUUUGGUUGGAAAAUACAGUUUUACUCAGUUUACCUAGGAGAGUGCAACCAUUCUCCCUUUUGCCUUUUGUUGGAGGUAAAUCGUCUGAAAAUCUACAUGGUCGAUUUGUUGCAUUUUAGUCAAGCUGUCUCAUGUAUGUAAGAUAUCUAAAUAUUUUUUGUCAAAUUUUUUUUUUUUUUACAUUCUUUUUUUCUCAGAGGGAAUGCUGUUUUAGUGGUAGAUUUAUAUAAAAAACAUUUUUAGAAUAAAAUACAACAAAAAAAUGGAUACAUUAUGAUUUUACUUGUGCCAACAACCUGUUCUAAAAUUGAAAAAGAGAAACAUGCUGUAAAAGAAUAAGAUUGGUUUUCAUGUUAGCAUUCUUUCAAGACCUUUAAAAAGAUAUGGAGAUCGAUUAUAGAGACCAGAGUUUGUAGUUACACAAAAUAUGGUUAAAUAAACUAUUGUUGUUUUUCUGUA